CACCCAUUUCGCAGCCACCUGAAUCCAAGCACACAAUUCUUCAAAUCCAGGGCUGUCUCAUUGCCGUCUCCCUCUGUCGAUAAUGUCGCACCGACAAGAUGCUUCCAAAGCCUUCAUUGUGCUUUACGCUCCCGAGCAUUCAUGACAGCACCAAACUGGACUGUCGCGUGUACCAUCCCGAUUGCUUAACCCCUCAAUCAACUGCCCCGCAAUGGGGUCGACAUGUCGCUAUCGUUGCGCACCCGUAUGCGCCGUUUGGUGGGAGCCACGAUGAUCACAUUGUGGACUUGAUCGGGGCCACGCUGCUGCAGUUGGGGUACAUGGUGGCGACGUUCAAUUUCAGAGGCGCAUCAUCCCCGGGGGCCCAUACGUCCUGGACGUCCAAACCCGAGCGCGCCGAUUACAUGUCAGUCGUUGGCUUCAUGGCCUACUAUGCGCACUAUAUAGACUCGAAGAAUCGCAUCAAUGCCGGCGACUCGCAAUGCCCCACCAUGCUUCUUGCUGGUUAUUCGUACGGCGCUAUGGUUACCACGAAACUGCCGCCCCUCGCUGCAAUACUCUCCAAAUUCGAAAGUCCCACGGUAUACUCUCCCGCAGCAGACAUCCGACUCCGUGCCCAGCAUCUGGCCGAGCAGCAGGAUAUGCUAUUUUCAAACCCCGCAUCGCCGCGCAAGUCCUUGGGCAUGCGAGUUGGCGGGGAUGAGGGUUCUCCCCGCAAGAGCUAUGAUUAUAAGCGGUCGCAUUCCAUGGAUCCGGAGGAUAAAAUAAGAACAGUCUUGCAUGAGGUAGAACAUAUGGAAAUGGUCAACGACCUGAUGCGCUUUCGCAGCGCCUACUUGGUCGUAUCGCCUCCUGUAGGAAUCAUGACAAAUCUGGCAACCCUGUCGUUCCCGAAUCCUUUUGCCAGCUGGUCUAGGAAGGCUACCAAGGUGGAAAACCCGGCGGAGCAUGAAAGCGAGGCUCAGAGGGAAGAACGCGAGGCGGAGCAGAAAUUGAUCCAAAACCCAUCGCUUAUUAUCGUUGGCGAUAGAGAUGGCUUUCUCACUCUGAAGGAGUAUCGGAGAUGGGCAGCCAAACUCCGUGGUCAUGAGAAAUCUCUGUUCCGUGACCUUGAAGUAUCAGGUGCAGGCCAUUUCUGGGCUGAAGAAGGGGUACUUUAUAAGCUUCGCGACGCUGUCGGUGACUUUGGAGCCGACCUGCUAGGGGACAGAGUCAGCACGCUUCACGUGGAUGACUGCGGCUGAUCGGCGGUGUCUAGUGAAUGACCUCAGGCAUGCUAAACGACUUUCAAUGACAGAUAAUGAAAUCCCGGCGCUAGGGGGACGGAGCGAGGCGAUAACAACGUUUGAACGGUCAACAGCCAUGGGGUAAUAAACCCAAAUCCUCCGUGCCAAGAUGCGCGUGCGCAUUCCCUUGGUGUCCUAGUUCUCGAUCCUAGUUCUCGAUCCUACAAACAACAUUACGAAAGGUGUUACGAAAGGCUGAGGUUGAUUCGGCCGCUUUCUUUCGACGGUGUAUACGAUGUCAUCAUGGAGGAAUCAAUGGGUUGCACACAUCGGUCUUGUGAGCUCUACAGUGCGGCCUACUGAAUGUCA